CACAGUCAAAAACAUUAAUUUUUUGAAGAGCAACCGUUCAGGCAUAUUCUCAACCUUAUUGGGAGAGGAGAAGCGUUUUAUAUUCUAGUCAUGGCGUUGGCGUUGUGCUCUGCUGCUCGGCAAUGCGCCGCACGCUCACUUGCGUCGGCUUGUGCUGCCCAGAAGCAUACUCUCCCCGACUUGCCCUACGACUAUGGCGCACUGGCACCCCACAUCUCCCCAGAGAUUAUGCAACUGCACCACAGCAAGCACCAUCAGACUUACGUCAACAACUUGAACGUCGCGGAGGAGAAACUUCAGGAAUGCGCGGCGAAGGGUGAUGCCAGCGGUGUCAUUGCUCUCGGUGGCGCGCUGAAGUUCAACGGCGGCGGUCACAUCAACCACUCCAUCUUCUGGCAGAACCUCUCACCGAAUGGUGGUGGUGAGCCAACUGGCGAGCUGAACAACGCCAUUGUUACACAGUUUGGCAGCUUCGACGCGUUCAAGCAGAAGAUGACCACUGCUGCUGUUGGCGUGCAGGGAUCCGGCUGGGCCUGGCUGGGACUCAACAAGGAGACAAUGCAGCUGUCAGUCUCCGCCUGCCCAAACCAGGAUCCACUCCAGUCCACCACAGGUCUUGUGCCACUCCUCGGUAUUGACGUGUGGGAGCAUGCCUACUACUUGCAGUACAAGAAUGUCCGACCUGACUACCUGAAGGCCAUCUGGAAUGUUAUCAACUGGGAAGAUGUUGCAUCUCGCUACACUGGAGCUCAAUAGACAUUGAAAUAGAACCGUUGAUCAUCUGGUAAGCUACUUGAAGGCAAUGUGACAACCACGAACCAGUGUUGGCUGCUAUUUGUUAGUCGGAUUUGUGCACUUUGCUGAUAUUCGGCUUGCUCUAAACUUGCGAUGUUCGACCGGCUGUAAAGCUUGCUUUUACCAUGUUGGGCAUGUGCCGUAUUGGCCAUGUAUCAUCUUGCUUUCUGCUACUUUCGCUAGCUGUUUGCCGAUCAAUCUAUCUGUCCCUAGUCUUAGUGAAACACUUUUUGUAGAACUAGUUUUCCUUCCCACUGGCAAGGCAAAGGGCCACCUGCAGUACUACUAAAAAGUAAUUAGUAACUAUUAAAACGUGUUGUGUGGUUCUACUGGCCUUGUUACCAUUGUGCUUCAAGAAGUAGAACCGUGACCAGCCUUUUUUGCUGCUAGCCCCAAUCUUUCGAUCCAUGAAAUUCAUGAAAUGAAAAUAUUCCACCUGUGUGUGAGGCUCGAA